CACGUGCGGCCGCGCACGUGUCCGCGUGGGGCCGCCGCGGGCGGGGCGGGACCGGGACCGGGGACAGAGAGACCGGGACACCGGAACAGCGACAGCGGCACCGGGACAGCGACCCCGGCACCGGGACAGCGUUACCUGCUCAGGGACACUGACAGCGGCACGGGAAACGGGGACGGCGAUACCAACAACGGCAUCGGGACACCGGCACCGGGACAGGAACGGGGCCGGUGAUACUGGAACAGUGAUACCGGCACUGAGUCAGGGACGGGAGCAGCGACAGCGGCACCGGGGCACCGGCGCUGGGACUGGGACAGCGGCACCACCGCAGCUGCAACCGGGAGCAGGCAGCAUCGGCCGGGUGACCCUGCUGGAGCGGAACCCAGGGAGAGGCUCCUCUGGGGGGACCACCCGCGCCAUGGAGCCCCCCGCCCGCGCCUGCUCCUGCGGCUCCCCGGCCUCUGACAGCGAGGCCGAGGCCGGCAGCUCCCCGCGGAGCCCCCCCAAACCUGAGCGCGGCCGCAAGCGCCCGGGGGGGCUGGACCGAGCAGACCCUGAAUCGCCGCCAUCACCCCGCGGGGGGAAGCGUCCGCGGAAAGGAGAGGGGGGGGAUGCCCCUCCCAACGACGGCGAUCGCCUCUUCGCCCAAAAAUGCCGGGAGCUCCGGGGCUUCAUCCGGCCACUGGCGGAGCUGCUGGAGGGGCUGCGCCGGGGCCGCUAUGACAGAGGGCUGAGCAGCUUCCAACAGAGCGUGGCCAUGGACCGGCUUCAGCGGAUCAUCGGGGUCCUGCAGAAGCCAGAAAUGGGUGCCCGGUACCUGGGGACGCUGCUGCAGGUGGAGGCAAUGCUGCGGCUCUGGUUCCCCCACGUCGCCCCCAAACCCGCGCUGGACCCGGCCCCCUCCACGGCUCCCCCCCGCCGCCGCCCCCCCGCCGGCCCCCCCGGGGCUCCCCGGUGCUGCCGCCUGCCCGGGGACCUCCCCGGGGACCUCGCCCUCGCCGGCCCCGUGGGGAUGGCGGGGUCGUUAAAGCAGCGGGGAUCCCCCCAGAGCCAGGCCAGGACCCCGGAGUCCCCCCCGGCGCCGGACGUGUGACGCCCCCCCCGGCUCGGGGGGGGGGAAAAUUUCUUCUGCAUUUCUUGGUUUUGCCUUUUUUGAUUGUUUUUUUUUACCGGUGGUCAGUGAGACCCGCGGGCGGGCGGGACUGACCGGGGGAGGCCCCGAAACCCCCAGAAGCCCCAACCCCGGGGCGGCCGCGUGCCUUGGCCAGAGCGGAGCCCCCUCCCCGCGGGGGCUGGGCCCACCCGGGCUCGUGCCUUCCCCCGCGGCGUGGGGCUGGGGGCGUGCGUGGCCCCCCCAGAGCGCUGGUGGGCGGCUGAGGGCUGCGGACCCCGAGGGGUGGCGGCUGUCGGGGGCUGCGGCCCUCCCAAGCGGGGCUGUCCCACGGCCGGCCACGAUGGAAGCAAUAAACGCCGCGGGAGCGGCCAGGGCCA